GAAUUUACUAAGGACAGUAGGUUGUGCAACUUUUCAUGCCACUUUUAAAUAAACAGAUAAAGAUUUAGUCUCACACACAAUAACAUUUACAGAAUGAUGAACUCGAAGCCUAAUGCAUGGAACCUUCACAUAUCGGCUAUCUUCUGCCUCGCUGCGUUUCACAUCUUCAUUACCACAGUUCAUGGAAUCAGUUGUCCUGAACCUAAAGUAUAUAAUGGAAAAAUAAUAAAGGACUUCCAGGAUGAUUAUGAAAAGCGCUACAAAAUUAUGGAUAUUGUGAAAAUAAAAUGCAAUCCUUUUUACAGUUUGAAAGGAGACGAUACAAUAGUUUGUGGGAUUGACUCAAAGUGGCAUCCCAAAAUUCCUAUCUGCCAGGGUUGGUUUGACUGCCCUUAUCCAGCUAUUGAGAAUGGUCACAUUGUUCUUAAGAAUUAUGAAGAUUAUUCUCCUGAACGUCGUGGCCAUGGCUUUGACUGGAAGGACGUUGUCCGAUUACGGUGUGAUUCUGGCUAUGUAAUGAAAGGGGAUGAAAACUGUUAUUGUGUUAUCGGCUGGAAAUGGUCUCCAGACCUGCCAAAGUGUGUUCCUGAAUGAGUUAAGACGACGGAAUGGUGUUUACAAAAUCAUUGAAGCAGUUGUAGACAAUGGAAUACUGAACCCUUCAUGAUUUGUGUUCAGAAGACCUGGAGCCAAUUCCUGUCCUAUAAUCGUCACUAUUGAUGGUUUCUUUGUGAGAUUUUUUGGUGAAUGCUAAUUUUUUUAAUAAAUAAUGAAAUAAACAAAUACAUAAAUAAU